CUCUACCGGACAUCCCACCUCAAAUCCCGUUAUAAGGCUGCUUCAGGCAGAGCUCUCUUCAUAAGGCCUCCAAGAAAGAGUUCGCAGUUCAUUUCGCCUCAGAGCGAUCGCGUGACUCAUCAGUGUCAAGAACUCUGUCAAUUCUGUUAGGAACAAGAUGAUGCGACCGGGGUUUCCGACACCAGUUGACUAUCAUUUCUCUAUGGGUCGAGACACAACUUGUUCGAACUCUGCAGUUCAGCAAUCGUCAUUACUACAACAGAACAGCUACAGUGGCUCUCCUACCCCUGAGGCACUAGGCAGUUGCAAGGAAGCUAUCAAAGCUUAUGACCGCGAUGUCAAGGGUAAGAAGAAGAAGAAUCAAAGCGAGACUACCAAACCACCCUACUCCUAUAUCGCCCUUAUUUCUAUGGCCAUCUCUAACUCGACAGACAAGAAACUAACACUGGGGGAAAUAUGUGACUUUAUCAUUGAGAAUUUUCCGUAUUAUCGUAAAAAGUGGCCUUCUUGGCAGAACUCAAUAAGACACAAUCUCAGCUUGAAUGACUGCUUCGUCAAAGUUCCAAGAGAUGCAUCCAAUCCUGGCAAGGGCAACUACUGGGCUCUGGACCCUAACAGCUCUGAGAUGUUCAAAAACGGUAGCUUCCUCAGACGUCGAAAAAGAUUCAUUCGAAGAAUCCCACCUUCACAUCUUCGACUUCCCAAUGAUCAAGACCCGUUUCUCUCAUAUCUAGGACCAGCACCCGGAUCUCUGCAAAUGUAUUCACCUUUGACUCCUUCUGUUUAUCAUCACAGUGAUCCAUAUCAUCAGUCUGGACAACUGCUGGAUUCUACUUGGCAACAACCGGUUGUCUGUAGACCUACACAACUCUCCAUGUCUGCAGGUCUAUACAAAACCCCUGAUCUAUCUGCAAGCAAUGAAAGUGCCCUGGGAUGGCAUCACCAGCCUCAUAGUGGAAGCUACCAUGCCCCUGUCAUUAUGUCUGGGUGUUCUACAGAUCUUCAGCCUGCAUUCUGCAGUCCCCAACCUCAUGUCAUUCAGUCACCACUGACAACUACAGUCAAGGCACCUGUACAACAUAAUCCGUGCACAGUCAGUUCACUCGUCUCACCCAUUUCAGAUACAGGUAUCUACAAUACCAACAGAGAGAAUGCAUGCGAUGAAGAAACUGCCAAAACCAUUCGACGAUUCAGUAUUGACACUAUAAUGGCACAAGGCCACUACAGUCUCAAUGGCCUCUCUCCUCUCAGUAAUUGCACAUUCAGUACAGGCGGCAGUUAUGCAGAAGGAAAUUCCACUUGCCUUUCAUUUCCUCCUAAUGAAUAUUCUUCAUACAAUACAUUCUCAAAAAAGCAGAGCUUCCAUGACCUAUAUGGACAGCCACAACACUAUCAGCAAUCAGUUACAACCAUGUGA